AUGGAAAAAAUUGAGGAGCUCGCUCAUUUAAAAGAAAAUGCUUUAGAGUUGCUUCAUCAAGCCCAUGAACAAACUCGUACUCAACAGCAACGUUUAUCAGUAAAUGGGAAAUGUUGGUCAAAUUACGACAAAUUUGAUUCGAAAAUUGAAAAACGGUUGCAGUCUUUUACUCUAGCAAAAUGGGUUGGGAAACCAAAAAAGUUAUCACCACUUGUAUUUGCUAUCCACGGAUGGGUAUGUGUAGCACCAGAUAUGGUACAUUGUGCAGUUUGCGACCAGUACAUGAGUGUUGUAUUGCCUAAAUUAGCAAAAGUUGAAGUUGAAGUCUUCCAAAAAUCAGUCAGAAAACUUAUUUCCUUGAUAACUAAAAAACAUCGUGUGAUAUGUCCGUACAGGCAUACUUCCUUCGGUUCAAAUGAUGGAAUUCCUUUCCACAUUCUUCCAAAAGGUCUUAUAGAUGAAAGAUGCAAAACUAUGAAUAAACUUGAUCUUGAAGAAAUCAAAGUGACUUUAUCCGAUAUUUCUUCAUCUGUGGUUUUCAAAACGGCAAUGCAAAAAUAUAGAGCACUCGUUUGUUUUGGCUGGCAGAAAAACAGGAGGGUAGCUUUAUGGCUUUUAAGAGGCAAUGUCUUUGAUGUUGAAAAACAGCACUAUAAAUGGUGUGCUUUCGCAACUCAUACAAGCCAUUAUCCUAAUGUAGGACAUUCUCGUCGUCUCAUACUUCAGUGCUUCAACAAUUCAGAGGAUCUUUCUGCCACCAGCUGCAUCGCUAAUGCUGAAAUAUGGAAGUCAUUUAUGAUGGGGAAAGACGAUACACUUAUGGAAUAA